UAGUGUCAAGAUUUAUAUAGUUUCCGGGUUCACAGGUCACACCACCGGAAAUUCUGAAUAGCCCAUGUGGUAAACAGUGAGCAUCAGUUGGAAUGGUCAAGUUAACUCUAGGUCUUCUGAAGACCAUUAUUUGUACUUCAUAAAAACGCACACUUUUAUGUAGGACGACUCAUGGCAAUCUAGAAUAUCAGAAUAUUAACAGUUGCUACAGUUAUACAUCUUUUUUUAUUCGUUAGGUUUUUAAACAUUAGCUAGCUAGUUCUUGUACAACAUGGCAACACUCUUGCCCCACGUUAGACAAGGCAAGAAGAGGGCUCCCGACCCAGAGGUAGACUUGGAACAAGAAGCAAGUAAAAGAGAAAAUAACGCGAAGUUGGUGAAAACCUUGGGGGAGCAAGAUGCUUCCGUCAAAAUGCUGGAAGAUCUCGUCUUUGGUGCUGAGGACGAGCUGGUGGAAAGACUUGAGCAUGCAGCAGAUGACGUGAGGACUAGCUUGCUGGACGAGGAGGAAUCCAGUGAUGAGGAGACAGUGAACGGAGCACGAGUGCAGGUCACAUUGGCUCGGAAAGCCGUGUGGCAGGAUGACGAUGAUGAAGUUGAAGAAGAUGUGGACAUGGCCCACCGGUUCCGUAAGGACUUCACUAAAAGCGAUGCCGAGUCCAGGAUGAACAAACAGAAACUGCAACAGAGACUAAAAGAACAGUUUCAAAAAGCUAUGGGUGGAGCCCCCUCCUGGGCAGAGACCGAAGUGAAGAAGAAGAGGAAGAAAAAAGAAGUGGACGAGGAAGACGAGGAUGAUGAGGACAACUUGUUGCGUAAGACUGGCAACUUUGUGGGAACGUCCGAGAGUCUCCCCAAAGGAAUUCUAAGGAUCAAGAAGUGCCUGAAUGCUAACAACGACCGGCCUGCAGAAGACCGCCUGACCACUGUCCAGUUUCACCCCUCCGCUCAGGUUGUCAUGACAGCAGGGCUGGACCAAUCCAUAUCUCUCUUUCAGGUUGACGGCAAGACCAACCCUAAGAUCCAGAGCAUCCACCUAGAGAGGUUUCCGGUAAAUAAGGCCUGCUUCAGUGCUAGUGGUGAGCAGGUGAUCGCCACUGGUUUAAGAAACAAGCUCUUCUACAUCUACGACAUGAUGGAGGGAAAGAUCAUACCUGUACCCACAGUCAGAGGGUUGAGUGAACAGAGGGUGAAGGAGUUUGAGGUUUCUCCAGAGGGGGAGUUUCUCCUGCUCACUGGUGCCUCAGGUUAUCUCCACCUCAUGACCAUGAAGACUAAGGAGGUGGUCCGGAGCAUGAAGGUCAGUGGGAACGUGUGCGGCGCGGCUUUCUCUGCAGACGGCAGCAAAAUCUUCUCCAACUCUGAGGAGGGUGAGGUGUUCAUCUGGGACGUGAGGAGCAGUAAGUGUCUGAGUCGCUUCCCUGAUGAAGGGUGUGUAAAGGGCACCUCCAUCGCCGUGUCCCGAGAUGGACAGUACCUGGCCUGCGGCUCCCAGUCAGGCGUGGUGAACGUGUACUCUCAGCAGGCCUGUCUGCGGGAGACAGUGCCCAAACCCCUGAAGGCCAUCAUGAACUUGGUGACGACGGCCACGGCACUGCGCUUCAACCCUUCUUCUGAGAUCCUCGCCAUCGCUUCCCGCGCCGACGACGAGGCCAACCGACUGGUCCAUCUUCCCAGUUUGACAGUCUUCUCCAAUUUCCCGGUGUUCCGCCGGAAGACCAUCUACCGCACGCAGUGUGUGGACUUCUCUCCCAACAGCGGCUUCUACUCCGUAGCCAACAACAAGGGCGACGCCCUCCUCUUCAGGUUAAUGCAUUACAAGGACUUCUGAAGAGCAGGCGGAGGUCCAGAGAGGACUGCUCAGUCUUGGCAUGUGUGGUAGAGGAGGAGGAGGAGGAGGAGGAGGAGGAGGAGGAGGAGGCGAGGCGGAGAGAAGGGUGUCGUUGGUCCCGACUGCUGUGCUUGUAGCCAGGCCCUUUCCAUAGGGGUGAUGCACCAUCAUCGGUGUCACAAGAGACUUUUUUUUUAUUUCUUAAUUUUCUGACUGUGCCCAGCAAAUUGUGUUGUUAUAAAUAUUCAGUGGAUAUUUACUUUAUGCAUUCUCAAAUUAUAAAUACAAACUUCAACUUACUGGA